CUUUCGCUGUUGCAUGAGGCUGCGAGCGCGUCAACGUUGACGACUCAGCUGGACGUGGACGCUUGCCCAGAGUGUAGUGGAUGGCCAAUUAUCUGAAGCCACAAACCGACGAGUUUCAGUUCUUUUCUGUACAAAAUUGCAGCUGGUCGAGAGCUCACGCGUUGUGUUGCUAGUGUGUGUGUGUUAAUGUUUUGCUAGUGUUUUGUUGGUAUAAAAAAUGUAUAAACUAAAUCGGCGUGGUGUGAAAGUGAAAUGCGUUGCAAGUAGCCAGCAGCAUAGUUAAACGCAAGUGGAUGCUACACAGCUCCACAACAAUUUAAACGUGCGACGCAAUUAAGUGAAUUAAAUUUCUAAAACACAAGCGACAACAAUGAGAGCAACAAAAACAAGUUAGAUAUAUUUCUACAAGCGACGCGCUCUUUCAACAAGUUAGAGCAACAGCCACAGCCACAGCAGCAGCAGCAGCAGCAACAAGAGCGAGAGUUGUUGCUGUUGAUACGCUCCGCUCAACUGGAAGCUCAAGCUGAAAUUGAAACCCAGAGUAGCGUUAAAUACUUAGCAUAAAAACAAAAACAAAAACAAGAACGCAACGUCCUUGGGCUCAUAAUUUUAACACCUGUUUAAGCGCAACAACAACAACAACAGCAACUCAAAAUUGAGAGCAAAACUCUCGAGAUAAAAACAAGAUGAAUAAUUUCACCACAACAGCGGCCGCCGUGCCCAAAAAAGAAUCACUGCCCCGAUCAGGACAUGUUAAUGAGGUGUGCAAGGAAUGGCUCGUGCGUGAGGAUGGAGCACUGGCCUACAAGCUGCAGUCACAAGAGAUUAACGACUUUUAUAAGGGCAAUCGCUAUAGGAAUGCAACGGUGCGCGAAGAUUUCCCCACAGCAUUGCAUGAGCAGAUCAAGGAGAAGGAGCAGGCACAGCGACAAGUGGAAGCCUAUCGCCGACGCCUAACAGAACAAGAGGAGCAUGACAAGCGCAUUGCCAAAGAAAUUGCUGAGAAGCUGGAGCGCGAUCUGCAGGAGCAACAGCAAAAGGAGCUGCAACAAAGUGAGCUCAUAGCGCAGAAAAUGCAGGAAAUUUAUGUCAACUUGCCGCCCGUGCCACCGCCAGCAACACGUGACAAGAGUCGUCCGCCGCCGCGACCAGCCAAAGCAAGUAUACGCCAACAACAGCAACAACAACUGCAGCAGCAGCAACAACAAACAAAUGACAAACUUGAGCCCAGCACUUCACAGCAAGCUAGAUAUCACAGUCAACAGUUACAGCUGCAGCAGCAACACUUUUCACAAACAGACAAUUAUGUAGGACUAUCGCUCAUACCAAAUAUUGUAGAUAUGCCAGCAACAGCAACAGCAGCAGCAGCAGCAGCAGCAGCUAUCACACCCAGUAGACAAACACUUGCACAUAAACAGCUGAUGGUGAGUGAUGCUGAUGCUGAGCCAGCGCCAUCCACACCACAGCAACAGCAACAACCACCAACACGUUUUCAUCUUGCACAUCAUCAGUCACCAUCACGUCGCACCAACAACAUUGCAUCCACAUCCAUAUCCACAACACCUCAAUCACACAUCAAUCAUCAGCUACAGCAAGAUGCAGACAUUGAUGAGCUUGUGGAUUAUGCUGAUGUUGCUGACAGCGUGCGCCACAUGUCAGCAGCAGCAGCAGCAGCGACAGCAACAACAGUUGUUGCUGCUCAGCGCUCUGCCUCACAUGAGAACUUAUUGAGAACUGAACCGAAAUUUCAGAAACUAUCGCCGGAGAAAUACGAUCAGAUGGUGGGCAAUCUGGCGCUGGGCAACAAAUCGAAAGCUGCCGAGCGUCACAUGCAGCAACAUGCGGACGAUAUUGAGCUCUAUGUCGAUCCCUGUGACUAUGCGAGUCUGCGCGAGAUCGGAUUGCCGCCCGAGGAGCUGCACGAGAUAAGUCAGAAGCUCAAGCAGGAGCAGCGCGAUGAGCUGCUGGCGCGACGACUGCAGGCGAUUGAGAGCAAGGACAGCGUGCGGCAGGAGCAACACGAUCGCAUGCUGGCCAUCGAAGCGCAGGACAAGGAACUGGCCAAGAUGUUGCAAGAGCGCGAGAAAGCAAAAGCGAAGCGUGCCAAGGAGAAGGCGCGUUUGCGUAAGUCCCAGCAAAAGGAUAAUAGUUUGCUCUGCGGCAGCAAUGGCGCUCAUUGUGGACCGCUGCUCUCAUUGCCGCAGGACUGCAUGUCCAGCUCACAACAAGUGGCGCCUGCACAUGAUAUCGAUGUGGAAGCCUACUCCAAUCCCAUUGAUGUGCUCAACAGCAGUCGCGAGCAACGCCAGCCCAAUGGACUGCUGACCAAUGGGAGUCUAACGCGCGAUGGCUCCUCCACACACGGAUCGAUGCAGCGACAGCAGCGACUGGCGGCGGCGGCAGCAGCAGCCAGCAGUCUGAAUCGCGGCGAAGAUGACAUCUAUACGCUGCCUGUGGACUGCUGUCGUCCAGCUGGACAGCGGCCCAUAUCCUUGCAUCUGGCUGCGGAGACAGUGCAUCAGCAGCAGCAGCAGCAACAGGCGCACAAUUCCAUGACGCGCUCCGAGCAUUAUGGCUCCGAGGCGGGCUCCCAUGACAGCACACUCUCCAGCAAUGGUCACGGUCACGGUCACGACAUCUCGCCGCACAUGAAAUACUCCAAGUCCAGCCACUUUGGUAUAUAUAUCAAAGCGCCAGCCCCACGCCGCCUUACAUGCCAAUUCAAGGUACACGCCGAUCGAAUUCAAGUGAAGAUCGUAAAAAGAAAUCCAAGGACAACAAGUGCACGCAUCAGUAGUGACGUCAUUAACAUAACAUAGCCUUAUACUAUACAAAUAUAUUGACCAACUGUUGUAAUCACAAUACAAUUUUAAUACGAUUUCUUCACAACUGUUUGAACAUUAGUGUAGUUUGUAGUUAAGCUAUAUUACUUAAUAUUUUGUGCUUAUAUUUAAGCUCUUAAUGGGUUUUCCAAAUAAAUGUCUGUUAAGAAGUCAU